UCUCUGGAACACGAGGCGGAGUUAAGGAGGCUGUCCGUGGGUGAGUGUGAGCGAGUGGUGGCCGCGGGAUGUUUACGUGGUGAGGGCUGCACGUGUAUGACUGAAGGAAGCACCAAGGCUCGUCAAAACAUAAACAAGAUGGAAAUGAGUUCUGAACAGAAGAGUGUGUUAAUGGAGCCUUCAACAACACCACCACCACCACCACCACCACCACCACAACAACAACAACAACAACAACAACAACAACAACAACAACAACAACAACAACAAAACUUGCCAGGCACAUUACAACUCUCCACUUCACUCACUCCUGACUGCUCCUCCCACCCACAUCCUACAUGUCCCGACAGUGUCACAUCCAUGGAUGUAGAUGGCCAGGAACCAGAGUCACUUCCCACAGCUGUCCUCAUGCCCACACUUGGUGAUACUCCCUCAGGUGAUGGCGAUGGCAUAUCAACAGAAGACCACCUGCACCACAAACCACCUAGUCCCAGUACUGUAGCUGUUACUGACCAGACAGAUACUCCUAAACAUGCUGACAAAGUUCAGUAUUCCACUAGUAAUGGUCAUAUCCCAGGAAUAUCUAAUUUGCCUGCACUAGGGAGCACCCCCACCUCAGACCACUCACCCACCACUGUCAAUAAUGCCUCCACAAUUGACACCUCGCCAUCAACUAAAGACACGCUCCCAGAAAAUACUCAUACUCCCAACCAAACAAACAAGACUACUGAGAGGAAGGCAACUGAGAAAGUGAACCACACUGCUGCCAGCUCCAUGCAUCUUCUGCUUGCAUAUGGCAGCUCUGAUAGUGAAGAAGAGACAACCCCUGCUGCUCCUGUGAAUGUGACUCCCAAUCCUCACACCAAAAAUGCCAUUCCACAAGACUCAAAGCAACAAAGCACUGCUAGAGCAAAUUCAGAAAACUUACACACCUCCCAGGAUGAUAGUUCACAAUCCAAGCCACCCCAAGCCAGCCCAGGUGUACCACAGCCAAGUCUCAGCCCGUCAAAGCCGCCGCUGAUUGAAAUUGAUGUGGUGGGAGGAUAUCGUAACAUGCCUAGUUAUGAUAGUGAGACAGAGGAUUCGGAAGAGGACUCUGACAGCUCCUCAUCUUCUAGCUCCUCUCUGUCCUCCUCCUCAUCAUCAUCAUUAUGCUCUUUGUCACCUGUCAAGAAGCCUCAGAGAGUACCACAGACUCCAAGAGAGCCACCUCAGAGAAAGAAAAAUAAGAUGCUCACCCCAGGGGAGCUCACUCUGGAUGAUCUGCCACCUAUCCAGGACCUGAAGAUCACCAUCUCACCAGAGGAAAGCAAGCUGGUGGGCACAGUGCACAGUGUGGUGAUGCAGCAGGUGGUGGUGGAGAGCUUCCCUGGCAUCCCUGCACUGGACCUGGACUCGGUGCUGUUUGUUGGUCCAGAGAGGCAGUCCCUUGGCCAAGUGUUUGACGUGUUUGGUCCUGUGACGCAGCCGCUUUACGUGGUUCGUUUUAACUCAGCAGAGGAUGCAACCCAGAGUGGGGCAAAGCUGGGGGAAGAGGUGUUCUUUGCACCUUCCUCAAAUGAACACACCCACUAUGUUGAGGUGGAGGAGCUGCUGAGGUGUCGUGGAAGUGAUGCUUCUGGACUGCAAGGAAAUGAACUUGCUCCUGGAGAGAUCUCAGAUUUCUCCGAUGAUGAAGAAGAAGCUCGUGCGCGUCGCCGCAACCGUUCCCGCAAUGCUGGCUCAAGGACUAAUAAUAACAACAGCAACAAUAACAACAGCAACAACAACAAUAAUGGAAACACCAGCUGGGAUUCACAGCCGCACAGGAAGAGACAUCGAGGACCAAACCACAACCCGUUCCGUCUCCACUCCUCCAACCAUCCAACCUCCAUGCCACCCCCCACCCACUUUUUCAGUCCCCCUCCAUUUACUGCACAACCCCCUCCAACACAAUGCAUGGCCCCACCUUCUCCACAUCCUAAUCUUCCAUCUCAAGGGCCAUUCCCACAGCCACCCCCACCUCCCUUCCACAGCGGACUGCCACCUCCAUCACAGUUUAGCAGUGAGCCUCCCCUACCACCCCAUCACAGAGGAGAGGCAGGGUUUGGAUGUAUGCCCCCACCUCCAGCAGGACAUCCUCACCAUCAUCCUCCUCCUCCUCCUCCCCCACCACCACCUCCACCUCCUCCAACCCCUCAGUGGGGAGAAAAUGUAGUGUUUGGUGGAGAAUCUGGAUUUGGGAGGGAAUUUUUAUCUCCGCAUCCUCCACCCAAUCCCUCCAUGAUGCCACCUCCACCACCCCCACAGCAGGGAGGAUGGGGUAUGCCUCCACAUUUUCCUUCACACAAUAUGUUUUCUGUUCCUCCCCCACCCCCAUCUCCCAUCCACAGCAUGACUCAUCCACCUCCCCAAGGCAUGUCGUUACCUCCACCUAACAUUCCAGGUCCUCCACCUUACCCACUAUCACAGCCUCACCCACACUGCUAGACCCAGAUCAUUGGUAGUCUUUAUCAUAUUGUAUCACUCCAUUACUUACAGCUCUUAUGUUGGCCUGUAUGAUUUCACUCCACCAGCUGGUAACUGCAAGUAGUGGAGCACGUUACACAGCAAUCACCCAUCAUGCUGAGGCUGACAAGUCACUGAACCCAUACAGGCAGCAUCUGACCAUUGGAGGGAUCAGAAGGAAUAGGUCAGUGUUUGCCUCAUUAGCAAGUAUUGGCUGACAGUGAGGGCUUCUGUUAACAGUCAGAUAUGAUAUCACCAUUAUUUUCUAAUUUUUGUUGCUAGCAAUGCCUGUAUAAAAAAGAAUAAAUAAAUAAAAUAAUAACUAAUAAUAAUAAUAAUAUGUAGUAGUAGUAGUAAUGAUAAUAAGAUGGAUAUGCCCUUUGUGUCCCAUUGACAACAUUUGAAGCCAGUCAUUCACAGGUGAUCAUUUAUGAAGGAAGUGGAUGCUUCAGUACUCAUACUGGGUGAUGGAUGAUCAAAAAGAAACAAUCCAGUUUUAGAAGACCAAAGAAAUCAAAGUCUACAUGUACAUUUAUUUGUAUUAUACAAUGUAUGUUAAUGUUUGUGAAAUUGUACAUGCAGAUGUUGUUUGUAAGGUGUGGUUGAUUUAGGUUAUGUAUUGUUUACUGCCUAAUGCAUUUCCUACCAUUACUAUGAUAGGCUUCUGAUAUCAGGAGGUCCUGGCAAAUAACUUUAUUUAUCAAUGGUUUAGUGUUAAAAGAUGAAACUUUUGUGUAAGAAAUACUGGAGAGAGCAGAUGGAGAGAAAGGGAAGCAGUUUGUAUCCAAUAUUUAUUGAUGCAGUACACAGUAUGGCUGGCUGGACCUGUAUGGUAGCUACUGUCCCGGUAUUCAACCACACAUUCUUUUCUAAUGCCAUGUUUGUUGUGUAAUAUAUAUAUAUAUAUAUAUAUAUAUAUAUAUAUAUAUAUAUAUAUAUAUAUAUAUAUAUAUAUAUAUAUAUAAUUUUUUUUUUUUCUAUGUUGCAUCUUGUGAAGUUAUGCUAUUUAGAAGUGAAUAGCUGGUCUUCCAGGCCUUGUGAUAUUGUCAGUUGAAUAACAAUAAUUAUAUAUGGCCGAUACUUUUCAGAUUGAAAAAGACGUGCAGAAACAUUGGUUAUUUUAAUUUGUUUAAUGGUUGCCACAUAAAAAAAAAAAAAAACAGACAUAUACCAUAACCUGGUUAAGACAUUCUGCAUCAAAAUGAUGCCUGGUGUUGGUCAAAUAUGACCAAUGAAACUUGCUGAAUGAUACUCUCUGUACAUAAGGCGGCUAUAAACUGAAAUGAAGUGUC